GCGCAAAUUUACAGGAGAUCUUAAGAAAUGGAAAUAGAAGAGAGAAUCGGUUUGGAAAUUUGGAUGAAAGGAAAUAUUUUGUCAAACAAGAAGAGAAGAGAGGAUGAGAAAUGAAAUAAAAAACUUGAAAGAAAAAAAAGGGUAAUUAAGUUGAGAAAGGUUUUGGAGACACAUCAAGGGAAUUCAUCAUGAGGCAACCACAGACACGAAUUGUAAAUGAUGAAACUAUGUAUUGCUUUUGGAACCGUGUGGAUAAUCCUGGUGAAAUAUGGAAUUCUGAAAAUGUUUUGAUGUAUUUCCUUCCACACCUUACCAUACAAAUAUUACUUAUUGUAGCUACCACUCGUUUAAUGUUCUGGAUCCUUAGACCCUUAAAUCAACCUCAUUUUGUUGCUGAGCUUCUUGCGGGUUUCGUGCUAAAUAUAAAAGUUCCAUAUUUGAAUGAAACAAUCUUUGAAGAGCUACUUCCUACGAAGGGACUCGUAGGUUUUGAGACUAUAUCAUAUUUGGGUAUCGUGUACUAUGUCUUUGUCACUGGAUUAGAGAUGAAUUUAGACUCUGUACUAAGAGCAAGAAAAAAGGCAUCAACCAUUGCUAUUGUUGGCACAUUAAUUCCAAUGAUAUUAGGAUGUUGGGUUUAUUCUAUGAUUCAAUAUACAUCCUCAGAAAAAAAUGAGUUCAACACAAUUUCAUCUUAUUUAUUAUGGGCCUUAGCUACUAGUGUGACAAGUUUUCCAGUUGUGGCCCACAUUCUUUCGGAUCUUAAAAUUCUGUACACUGGACUUGGUAGAGUGGCAUUAACAUCAGCUACAAUUAAUGACUUUAUCAAUUGGGCAAUGUUUGUACUUUGUAUACCAAUUCUAAGUAGUGGUGAAAUGGGCAUAAUGCCAGUGAUUUUAACCAUAGUUUUUAUUCUUUUAUGUUAUUUUGUGAUACGCCCUCCACUUAACAAAAUACUAGUACAAAAAACAGAUGAAAAUGAGUGGGACCUUUACCAAUUAUCCUAUGUGAUAAUUGGUGUUAUUUUUUGUGCUAUGGUUACUGAAUUUAUUGGUACACAUUCUGCUGUUGGGGCAUUGGUUUUUGGAUUAAUUCUUCCACGUGGAAAGUUUACAGAAAUGUUGAUUGAACAAUCAGAUGAUAUUGGGUCAGGGUAUUUGGCACCAUUGUUCUUUGCAAGUUUAGGCUUGAGAAGUAAAAUAGAUCAAAUUGUACAAAGAGGAAAUUUUAUUAGGGAUAUUGUUUUCUUAUUAAUGAUAAUUUCAACCAAGAUUGUGAGUACUAUAGUUGCUACACGUUUCUAUGGAAUGCCUGUUCGAGAUAGUAUGGCUCUUGGAAUGCUUAUGAAUACCAAAGGCAUCUUAUCAUUGAUAAUACUAAACAUUGGAUUUGAUAGGGAGCUUUUGGGUCAAGAGGCAUUUUCCAUGAUGGUGGUUAGUAUAUUUAUCAUGACUAUUAUAGUAGCUCCUAUCAUAAAUGCAAUGUACAAACCAAGAGCAAGAUAUGAGCAGAACAAGCUAAGAACAAUAGAGAAUUUGAAAAGUGAUUCUGAGAUCAGAAUAAUGGUUUGUGUACACAAUGCUCGUCAAGCUAUAGGAAUUGUGAACAUCCUUGAAGCUUGCAAUGGCAUAAAUGUUUCAACUUUACGUGUAUUUGCAGUUCAACUUGUGGAGAUGAAAGGACGCUCUACUGCACUACUACUUGCACACCUUGAACAACAACCUACUUCUCUCCAAACAGAACCUCAACCCUUUGAUCAAUCAUCAGAUGCAAAUAACUACACAUCAAACCAUAUUACAAAUGUUUUUGAAGAAUAUGCAUCCAACAAUGCCAACACUCUUGUUGAAAAUCUUCUUGCUAUGUCUUCUUAUUCAACAAUUCACAAAGACAUAUUCAAUUUAGCGUUGGAGAAACAAGCGUCGUUGGUUUUACUUCCUUUUCAUAAACAGAAUACCGCAGAAGGUACUUUGGAAAUAUUCGAGACAUCGUACAAAGAUUUAAACCAAAAUGUUAUGUAUGAGGCACCUUGUUCUGUUGGAAUCUUUGUUGACCGCGGUCAUCAUUCAUCGUUGUUCAAGACUAAUAUGAGUAUUAUUAUGAUUUUCAUUGGUGGACCUGAUGAUCGAGAAGCGUUGGCAAUUGCUUGGAGAAUGUCUAAGCAUCAUAGGACAAGUUUGACAAUGGUUAGGCUUCUUUUGUGUGGUAAGGUUGCUGAAGUUGAUUCGUCGGCCAAUAACGAAGGACAAGGACUAUUAGGUGCUGUUUUAGAUAGUGGAAAGCAAAGAGAAUUGGAUGAAGAAUAUGUAGGUUCAUUUAGACUUAAAGCAGUUAAUAAUGAGGAUACUAUAACUUAUGCUGAAAGAGAAGUGCAUACUAGUGAUGAUAUUCCUCAAGUGCUUAAUGAAUUGGACAGAGGAGGUUUUGAUUUAUAUAUUUUAGGUCAUGGAAAAGGAAGGAACUCUUUGGUUUUGUCAAAUUUGUUGGAUUGGGCUGAUUGUCCUGAACUUGGAGUUAUUGGUGACAUGUUGGCAUCAAAUAGUUUUGGUUCAAAUUCUUCAAUACUUGUUGUGCAACAAUAUGGAUUUGGAGGAGUGGAAUUCAAGAAGAGUUGUUGUUCUAGAAAAGCAAAUUCAAACAAUGAUGAUCUUGAGUCAUUAUUCCCAAAGGUAGAGUGAAAUCAAUCAAUGAUUGGUGUCAUGAGAUUUAGAUAUGAAUACUUUUAGAAACGGAAUUGACUAACAAACUAGCAAUUCAACAAACCUACAAAGAGUCUUGUUCUUCAAACAUAAUGACUAAAUAUGAAAAUUCCAUAUUUAGUUUGAAAACAAGAAACCAAAAACUUUGAAUGUUCAAGGAGAAGGGGAAUUUCAUUGUAAGACAUAAUGAUUAAAUCAAACAAACACUUCUUAGAAUCAAGGAUUGAUCAUCGUAGAACCUAUCAUGUUGUUGUAUAUUUGUAUAUGUUGGUUAGCAAUUGUGUUACCCAAAAAUAUAUAUAUUGUUGUACGAUAGUAAC